CAUCUCAUCUAUCCAGAAUAAUUACGGUGCCGGGGUCUACUUCAACCCACUGAUCAUGUGUGAGGGGAAGCUUAUCAAAUAUGGGGUCAUCGACACUGGUGUUCUGAUUGACGACCUCCUGAACUGGAAUAAUCUGUACAUCGCUGGACGCCUCCAAAAGCCGGUGAAGAUUGUCUCAAUGAAUGAGAACAUGGCCCUUCGAUCUGCCAUGGAUAAAAACCUGAAGAGCGCGGUGACCACCGCCUGCCUCAUGCUGCCAGAAAGCUUCUCGGAAGAAGACCUCUUCAUAGAGAUUGCUGGCCUCUCCUACUCAGGUGACUUUCGCAUGGUGAUUGGCGAGGAAAAAGCGAAAGUGUUGAACAUCGUGAAGCCCAACAUAGCCCAUUUCAGAGAGCUCUAUGGGAGUAUAUUACAGGAGGAUCCCCAGGUGGUGUAUAAAACACAGCAAGGCCAACUGGAGAUAGAUAAAAGCCCAGAAGGACAAUUCACUCAGCUGAUGACAUUGCCCAGAACCUUACAGCAGCAAAUCAAUCACAUCAUGGACCCUCCUGGGAGAAACAGGGAUGUGGAAGAGACUUUACUGCAAGUGGCUCAAGACCCUGACUGUGGUGAUGUGGUGCGGCUAGGGGUCUCAUCAAUCGUCAGACCUUCCAGCAUCAGCCAGAGUACCAAAGGCCUUUUUACUGCUGGUGUGAAGAAGUCAGUGAUUUAUAGUUCACGAAAACUGAACAAAAUGUGGAAAGGUUGGCUGAGAAAAGCAUCCUGACUUGCCUGGUUCUUGUUACGUGUAGAUUGUGAAUAAAUGGCUCCGUGCUUUUUGAUGGA